AUUUCAACACGUUAAAUCGCGGAAUGUGUGUAUAUGUACUUUAUAGCGUGGUUAUUCGAAUAUUUAUUUUUUAAAUAAGACCCAUCAGUUUAAUUUUUUGACUAUUUUUAUGCUUACAGCAAACAGAAAUGUAAUGUGUCUACGUUUUUAAUGUUUUAAUAUGGAUAUCAAUGAAUGAGCUUUCGUUGUUAGCGGGAAACGAAAGAGGGCGGUGUUGCCUUGCAGUCGGAACUGCGGGUUUAAAAUCUCAUAUUGAUUGGAUCAGUGCUGCUGGACGUUAGURGUUAGCAUUUAGCUAGCAUUAGUUCACCGAAAACCGAGGAUUGAAAAGCGGCAAAGCGGCGCAGUGAAUCAUGAAUCUGCAAUGACAGACCCAGGAGAACGUUGUUCGGGCUGUCCGGUCCACUUCAAGCCACCUGGGGGGUAGAGGAGGAAAAACUACAGACGCGUUUCUGCAUUUCCUGACGUGGAGGAGUGGACGACGCGAUGGCCCGUUCACAGCAGACUGAUGUGUCGUUUGCGUGGGAAAAGUACAUGGACUGUMGACUUCAGGGAGCAGAUCUGCAGGUGAGCCUUCAGAGGCUGGAGAAUUUCCUCUGCCUCUUCCACUACGUGCAGCACCACCCCUACCAAAACACCAAAGAUGCACUGAAGUUCUGCUCAGACAUGAGUGGAGCCAGUAACACUCUGGCGAGAGAGUUCCUCACUGACGUCCAUCAGCUGUGCAGCGCUGUGGCCCAGAGGGCCGAGGCCCGGGAGGAAGAAGAGGAGGAGAGUCACAUGGUGGCGCUGGGCGAGUACCUGGUCAGGGGGCGGGGCUUCUUGCUGCUCAGCACCCUGGACGCCAUCAUCGACCAGGAGCUGACGUGUCGGGAGGAGCUGCUCACCCUGCUGCUGUCGCUGCUCCCGCUGGUCUGGAAGAUUCCGGUGCAGGAGGAGAAAGCUCCAGAUUUCGUCCUGCCGUCCCUGCUGGAGGUGUUCCUGAAUCGGGAGUUGAAGUCCGUCCCUCUCAGAACCGGACAGAAGUCCUCGGCGGACGAGCCGAGCUCCGGGAGGAAGGCCCGCGCUGGCAGCGGCACGUGGAAGUCGAGGCGGUCGCGCAGAACGGCGCAGAGAUACUCUGUGAAAGAUGCUCGGAAGUCCCAGGUGUCCACCUCAGAUUCAGACGCCGAGGACCGAGGCGUCCCGGGCUCGGGCGGCGCCAGGAGCAGGAGGUCGCACGGCUCCACCCUCCAGGUAAGCUGCCAGCACCACUGCUCGGAAGCGUCGCAGCUGACCUCCACCGCCACCAACACCAAAGAAACCAUGAGCGCGCCGUACCCCUACCCCAGACCCCCCGGGUCCCAGAUGAUGGACAGCGAAACCCUGACGGACCCGGCAGCCAUAUCAGUUUUUAACCGCAUGGAGAACUCGCCAUUCGACCUUUGCCACGUGCUGCUCUCCCUGCUGGAGAAGGUCUGCAAGUUCGACAUGAGCAUCAACCACAACCCGGGCCUGGCGGUCAGCGUCGUGCCCACGCUCACCGAGAUCCUGACCGAGUUCGGGGACUGCUGCGGUCCCGGCGUGGGGGGAGGCGGGACGGGGGCAGAGGAGCUGGCCGGCGGUUGGACGGAGGAGCCGAUCGCGCUGGUCCAGAGGAUGUUACUGCGCACCAUUCUGCACCUGAUGUCCGUGGAUGUCAGUCGGAGCGACAAACUUCCCGACAGCCUGAGGCGGAGCCUGACGGACCUGCUGAGAGCCACCCUGAAAAUACGAAGCUGCUUGGAGAGACAGAAGAACCCGUUCGCGCCGAGGCCCAAGAAGACUCUGCAGGAGGUCCAGGACGACUUCUCGUUCUCCCGUUAUCGCCACCGAGCGCUCCUGCUCCCAGAGCUCUUAGAGGGGGUAUUACAGGUGCUCCUCGGCUGCCUCCAGGCCUCCACGCCCAACCCCUUCUUCUUCAGCCAGGCUCUGGACCUCAUCCAUGAGUUCGUCCAGCACCGGGGGCUCGAGCUCUUCGAGGCCACCGUGCUGCGAUUGGAGGGACUCGGCCGCGCCAGAGACUCCGACGUAGGCAGAGAGGCGUCGGAACGCUUGCGAGGCCUCAUCACGGGGGUCUUCAAAAUAAUCAGCGCCGUCAAGAAGUCCAAGUCGGAACAGCUGCAUCAAUCCGUGUGCGCCCGGCGCCGCCACCGCCGCUGCGAGUACUCCCACUUCCUGCACCACCACAGAGACCUGUCGGGUCUGCCCGUGUCCGCCUUCAAACAGGCUGCCAGGCGCAACCCAUUCGAGGAGGAAGGAGACGGGACGGAGGGGGACGGCGUCCGCUACCCCGAGCGCUGCUGCUGCCUGGCCGCCUGCACCCACCAGUGCCUGCGGCUCCUGCAGCGCCUGUCGCCCAGCGGGCCGGCGGUCCUGCAGGUCCUAGCCGGGAUCCAGGCCUGCGGGAUCUGCUGCUGCAUGGACCCUCGCUCAGUCGUCGGGCCCAUGCUGCACGCCUUCCAGGCUCCGGGUCUGCGCAGCUACCAGUCGCACGUGCUCGGCGUGCUGGGGCGGCUGAUCCUAGACCAGCUCGGUGGGGGUCUGCCAUCAGAGAAGGCCAAGCUGGCCUCGUGCAACAUCUGCACACUGGACAGCAGCCAGCUGCCGGGCCUGGAGGAGACGCUGCAGCAGGGAGAACCUUCGGCCGUCUCCACGACUUUACGCUACCGCUCCCAGGGCAUCCUGCCCAGCGGAGGGGGCGCCGAGGACAUGCUGUGGAAGUGGGACGCCCUGCAGGCCUAUCAGGAGCUGGUGUUCUGCGAGGACCGGCAGUUGAGCCAGCAGAUCGCCGGCCACGUGUGCCACCUGACCCUGCGGGGCAACGCCAUCGUGCAGUGGCAGCUGUACACGCACAUCUUCAACCCCGUGCUGCAGAGGGGGGUGGAGCUGGUCCACCACGCCCAGCAGCUGGGGGUCUCUACCGUCUGCACUCAGGUCUGCAGCUACCACACGCAGUGCCUGCCCGUGGAGGUCCUGCUCAUCUACCUGCAGACGUUACCGGCACUUCUCAAAUCAAGGGUGGUCAGAGACCUUUUCAUCAGCUGUAAUGGGCUCAACCAGGUGACAGAGCUGGUGUACCUGGACCAGACUCGUUCUCUGGCUUUGAAGGUGUUUGAAACUCUGAUCAUAGGCGCAGGACAUCAGCAGGCUGAUGGACUCCUCCAGGAACUGGAGAGCUCCGACACCAAAGACAGGGAGGCCGCCCUAGGCCCGGCCGACGAACUGGGGUCCCGCGGGGCCGGAGAGGGCCCGCAGAGUCUCAGCAAGUUCUACGAAGGCCUGAAGGAGGCCUACCCGUCUUAUAAAAGCCAUGUUGGGCAGGGCCGCGGCCGAACGGAGAUCCACCUCCACGUCAUCAACCUCUUCCUCUGCGUGGCCUUCCUCUGCGUUAGCAAAGAGGCCGAUUCUGACCGGGACUCGGCCAACGACUCGGAGGACACGUCGGGUUACGACAGCACGGCGAGCGAGCCCCUGGGCGGGCGGCUGCCCUACCUGUCCCUGGACAGCGUGGCCCUGCCCUCCAAAGAGCAGCUGCGCCGCGCCGCCGACGUGUGGUCGGUGUGUCGGCUCAUCUACAUGGCCAGCCCUUUUUUCCAGAGGCAGUUCUUCAAGCUGGGCGGCCUGGAGGUGUGCCUGCGCCUCAUGACCAUGGUCAUCCAGAAACUCUCCUGCAAAACCAAGGAGGGCAAGGCGAAGAAGAAGAGAGACGGCAGAGGGAAAGGCAGCCCCGAGUCCACKCUUCCAGCCUUGUCGCUGGGACCGGAGGAGACGUCUCGUGAGUCCUCCGACGUUCACUUGGGGGGUCCAGCUGAAGCAAAGAGCAAAGAUCCAGCGAAGAGGCUGGAAGAAGAGUGGCAGCUACAAAGCAUUCGCCUCCUCGAGGCCUUGCUAGCCAUCUGUCUACACAGCGCUAACUCGGCCAUGCAGAGAACAGAACCGGAGCCUUCCUCCCAGCUCCAGUCUGUUGAGGACACACUGUUGGCGGUUAGAGACCAGCUGUCUCGCUCAGGGGUGGUGAACUCUGACCUUGCCGUUCCCCUGUUUGACUCUCUCCUGCGCGUGGCCUUGGCUGAGGUGUCCUCGUGUACCGAUGUUAUCGAGGAGAAGCCGGACAGGAAGCUCCAGGUGCUUGCAGAGGGGGCGGCCCCGGCAGGCGAUCUGUCUGAGGAGGUGGAUGAGGUGCAGAGCUGCAGCGUCAGGCUCCCGGGGGAGGAGGAGGGCUACGACGCUGAUAGUGAAAGCAACCCAGAAGACAUGGCCAGGCAGGAAGAGGCAGGGAAGGUGGAGCCGGCCGGGUUGUGCGAGUUUUCGACGGCGGCGGACGGGCCGGGGCGUGGCGCGCUGCUGUUCCCUGAGAUCUGCACCAUGGAGCUGCAGCUCCUCGCCUCCGGCUCUCCGGACCUGGAGGUUCUGGGCCACGUGUUCCACAGCCUGCUGGGCGCCGUGCACGCCAACUGCCGCAACGCCGCUUCGCUCUACGACCAGGGAGGAGUCAAAACCAUCUUAUGUGGUUUUUACAACAUCCUCAGUCAAACAGACCCGUCUUUUACAGAUUGCCAGACCGUGCUGGUGGAGCUGCUGGUUGCCAUGGUGAGCCGGCGGAUCACGGCGGAGGAGCUGGCCCUGUUCAUCCGCCUCUUCCUGGAGAAGACCCCUCCCACGGAUGUUUUACUGAAAGGUAUUUUACAAAUCGUUGAAGCCAACAUGAGCGUAGAGCCGCUUCACUUCCUGAUGUUCCCGGUGGUCCUGGGGACUUCCACACCGGCAGCCUUGUCUCCCGGAUCCAGACAGAGCUCCGCCCCCGGAGGGAAGAGCGGCGGCGGCGGCCUGCUCUGGAAGAACAAGCUGUCUCCGGGUCGCAGGGAGGGGGACGCCGAGUGCCGGCCGAGCCACCUCCGCUCCUCGCCAUGGCACGUGGCUCCUCUCCACCUGCCCCUGGUGGGGCAGAACUGCUGGCCCCACAUGGCCAGUGGCUUCAGCGCCUCCAUGUGGCUGAGGGUGGCCGAGCAGGAGGAGAGGGGCGUGAGCAAGGUAGAAAGCUGUCCCCCUGCAGCCGAGUCCCACCGAGCCCCCGCUCCGACCAGAACAAAGAYAGAGGAGGGUCUCGUUCAUAUUCUGUCCAUGGGCUCCAAGGCCCUGAUGCUUCAGGUCUGGGCAGACUUCUUCACAGGCUCCCUCACCUUCAGAAUCUGCAUCGAUCCCAACGACGAGAUAAAAGCCGGCCUGUUGGCGCAGGCCGAGUCCGGAGACGGUUUGCUCCAACGGGGACAGUGGCAGCACCUGAGCAUCACCUACAGCCAGCAGCCGGAGGGCAAGAAGAACGUCCACGGCCGCGUGGUCGUCUGGACGUGCGGCAUCCGGAAAUGUGAAGUGUCUUUGGACUUCACCCUGCCGAGAAGGUCCAGUUUGUCGUCCGACAGCAACAAAACGUUCUGCAUGUUGGGUCAGUGUGCAGCGUUCUCCGAGGAGCUGCUGAGGCAGAGCCGAGCGUGGAGCAUGGGCACCGUGCUGCUCUUCAACGGGUCCAGAAUCGGGUCUGAAGAAGCCUUCUACCUGUACUCCCGUGGACCGGACCUCACGUCAAUCAUGCCCUGCAAGUACGGCAAGCCGAGCGGGUCCUUCUCCAAGUUCGUCUCCCAGGAAGGUCUGAGGUGCGAACGAGUUCGAGAGAUUCUGAUGAAGAACAAGGAUAUCGACACAACAGCUCUGGUUGAGAGCCUGGCGGUGGUGUACGCCCCCAGCAGCCCGAGGGUCUACACCAUCUACGAGCCCGUCAUCAGACUGAAGGGUCAGACCAAGACCACSGUCACCCAGCGGCCCUUCAGCUCCAAGGAGGUCCAGAGCAUGUCCCUGGACCCCGACGCCCUCAGGGCUCUGCUUCCCAGCGAAACCCGAGGCCUGCAGAGCGUCCUGCACAGGAUCGGAGGGACGGGGACCUUCGUCUUCCUCUUCGCACAGACGGUGGAGCUGAGUGACUGUGAGAAGACCCAGGCCUUGGCCCUGCAGGUGCUGCUCUCUCUGUGCAAGCACAACCAGCACCGCGUCCACGAAAUGGACUGUUAUCACGGUUACGCCAUGAUCCACCAGGUCCUCAUCAAGUCCAAAUGCAUCGUGGGAUACCACAUGUUGAAAACGCUGCUGGACGGCUGCUGCAGCGGACCCCUUCUCAUCCUGGCCGACGACGGUCAGUUCCGUCUGGACGCCGAGUCGGUCGCCGUGGUUCAGGAUUUACGGCUGCUGUCGGACAUUCUGCUGGACUGGAAGAUCUGGGCCAAAGCUGAGUGCGGCGUGUGGGAAACGCUGCUGGCUGCUUUAGAGAUCCUGAUCAGGAUGAACCACCCCCACCAGGUCUACAACAUCCGUCAGUUCCUGAAUGCUGAGUUGGUGCAUCGUUUCCUGCUCACCUGCCAGGUGUUACAGGAGCAUCGAGACGAGCAUCUCACCUCCAUCCCUCCAGAAGUCUGCUUGUCCUUCAUCAGAAUCAUCCAGGAGGUUCUGGGCUCUCCUCCGGACAUGGAUCUGCUCAAACUAAUCAGCAACUUCCUGCUGGCCGUCCACCCGCCCACCAACACCUACGUCUGCCACACGCCGUCCAGCUUCUACUUCUCCCUCCGCACAGAUGGGAAGCUGUACCAGGAGAAGGUGCAGUCCAUUAUGUACUUGAGACAACACUCCAACAGUGGAGGGAGGUCUGCCAGCAGCUCUGUGGUGUCCCUGUCCCCGACCGUCUUCACUGAUGCUCCUCAUGAAGGACACCUGCACGCUUCCUCCACUGAACAUGGAGGCGACCAUCAGUCGCUGCGUCCCCCUAGUCUGGCCCCGUCCCCGUCCCCCUCCCCCAUGCUGACCCCUCGACUCGGACACAGCGUCUCCGGUGAAGCAGCCGAAGGAGACGGGGUCUCCCUGACCUCUCAGCAAGCCCUCGGCAGCACCGAGACCCUGAAGAAGGCCGGCGGCGAGCAGCUCCUGAGCAGCUGCGAAUCGGCCAAGACCAUCUGCRACCCCGAGGACGCGGCGGAGGGCGCCUCGCCGCGCACCCCGUCCAUCAGCGUGGAGGAGGAGCGAGACGAGGYGGCGGAGGAGGACAGCCUGGCYGAGUGCAGCGUGGGCGGGCCAGAGUCGGAGGACAGGUUCGACUGGGCCAGCGACGAGGCGCCCCGCCGCCCCGACAGCCUGAAGGGCAUCCAGUCCUUCCAGAGGAGCCACAGCAACCUGACCAGCCUGGGGCUCGCCUUCCCGUUUCCAAACGGCUCGUUGGCCAUCGCUCGGUGGCCCGGCGUGGCCGACCGAGGCUCCGCCCCCGACGAUUUGGAGAGCUACACCUACUCUCCUGGCUACGAGAGGACGCACAGCAAGACGGAGUCCAACGACAGGUCCAGUACAGAGGACUGCUUGGUGCUGGUCUGCUGUGGACUCUACGAUCUUCUGAGGGGCGUCCUGCUACUGCUGCCUGACCUCAUGCUGGAAGAGGUGAUGGACAAGCUCAUCCAGCCGGAGGCUCUGGUUGUUCUGGUCAACCACUCUUCACCUCUCAUCCAGCAAGGAGUCAUGAAGCUGCUGGAUGCGUAUUUCACCAGAGCUCAAAAGGAGCAGAAGGAGAAGUUUCUGAAGAACCACGGCUUCUCGCUGCUGGCCAACCAGCUGUACAUCCACCAGGGCAGCCAGGGGCUCCUCGAAUGCUUCCUGGAGAUGCUGUUUGGAAGACCGACAAACCUGGAGGAGGACCUGGACCUGGAGGAAAUGGAGAGCAUUUCACCCUUCAGAAGGCGCUGCAUCAUCCCGGUGCUGGGUCUCAUCGAGAACUCCCUUUACGAGAACUCCUUGGUGCACAACAUCCUCUGCAUGCUGCUGCAGCUCGUCAACGCCUGCCCCAAGCUGGCUGACAUCCUGCUGGACCACGGGCUGCUCUACGUCCUCUUUAACACCCUCUCCACCCUGAACGGCAUGGAGAACUGUAUUCCCCUGAAUGACUACAAGCUCCUGGUGUGUGACAUUCAGCAGAUGUUAGUGGCUGUGACUAUCCACUCCUGCAGCUCCUCGGGGUCCCAGUACUUCCGCAUCAUCGAAGACCUCAUCACUUUGCUGGGUUUCAUGCAAACCAGCAAGAUGCAGCGCACACAGGGUGAGGACCGGAUUCCUGAUAUUCAACUACGAAAUACAUGCCCCAAAAUGGCCGUGGCCCUCCAGUUCAGAGUCCUCCAAUCCGCAGUCGAGUUCAUAAAGACGACGGCCAACCAGGAGCCUCAGAAGCUGAGCAGCUCYGUGAACACGCCCAGCUCUCCACAUCACGCCAUCUACCAGAAGCGUAAAAGCAUCGCAGGUUCCAUCGCCGUGAAAGACUCCAUUAUCCCCCGCAUCCCCAGGCAGCACUACUGCUCCUACGGCCAGAUCCCCACGGCCACUCCCUUCAGCUUCCUGUCCCAGGACUCCCCCCUCCCCUCCCCCACCGGAGCGCCAUCAUACACGCUCCACUGUGAUGCAGGUCGGCGCCGGUUCUCCCUGGCCCAGACUGACUCCCUCCUGAUGCGGAUGCGCUCCGUGGCCAGCGAUGAGCUCCACCAGAUGAUGCAGAGGAGGAUGAGCCAGGAGAACCCCAUCCGGGCCAGUGAGACCGAGUUCGUCCAGCGGCUGCAGAGGCUGGUGGUUCUCGCCGUCAACAGACUUAUCUACUACGACGUGAGCGAGGAUUUGUUCGACCUGCUGAACAUCCCAGACUCUCCGGACCACCAGCUCUUCACGCCCGAGCCCGGCGAUCAGGCGCACGACGAGAGUUCUUCCUCCUCCGUCCCGCAAUCCCCGAUUCCCUUCACCCUGCCGCCCGCCAACAAGAAGAGCUUUCAGAAAGACGUCCUCAAACUCAUGAUGGACGGCAUCAAAAUCAGCCUGGGCAGCACGGGUCGCGGCGGCGCUCCGAGCCAUCAGUGGAGGAGAAUCCUGUGGUCCUGCCGGGACACGUUCAGGGUCCAGAUCGGUCGUCUCCUGGUGCACACGCUCAGCCCCACGCGUCCUCUGAGCGACAGGAAGGAGGCGCUCCAGUUUGUGUUCGAUCCCAAACACAUGGACAUCCUGAAGGAGAGCCUGAGCUCGGGUCUGGAGCACGGUCCCAAGCUGUCUCUGUACCUGUACGAGAUGCUGCACGAUCACAAGGACGAGCUGACGAAAGACGAGCAGAACGCCGUGGGCGCGUUCAUGACCUCCCUGAAGCUGUGCGGCCACCGCUGCAUCCCGCCCAACGCGCCGCACAAACAGGACCUCCUCAAGGCCAUCAAGGAGGAAAAUCUCAAGUAUGAAACCGAGGAGAAAACGAGUAAAGCAGCGUGGGAAAAGAAAAUGGCCAACACUCAGAAGAAUCUGAUCCAGAGGCUGGACGGAAAGUCCAAAGACAUUUCCAAGAUUGCGGCCGACAUCACUCAGAAUGUGUCUCUGCGGCAAGGCAUGGAGAGAAAGAAGGUGAUCCAGCACAUCCGGGGUCUUUACAAAACGGACCUGAGCGCCAGCCGCCACUGGCAGGAGCUGGUGCAGCAACUCACACACGACCGUGCCGUUUGGUAYGACCAGACGUCCUACCCUAUGUCCUGGCAGCUGGACCCCACGGARGGACCGAAUCGGGAGCGACGGCGGCUGCAGCGGUGCUACCUCACCAUCCCAAACAAAUACCUGCUCAAAGACCGGCGCAAGCCUGAAGACCCGGUGAAGCCGCCGCUGUCCUUCCUGUUUGAGGAUAAAACUCACUCCUCCUUCUCCUCCACCGUCAAAGACAAAGCCACCAGCGAGUCCAUCAGGUUCACCAGACGGUGCACCAGUGUUGCCCCCUCCAGAGAGACRGCAGGGGAGCUCCUCCUGGGGAAGUCCGGCAUGUACUUUGUGGAGGACAACGCCACCGACGCUCACGACAGCCAGAGCCUCCACGGGGAGACGGAGGCUCCUUCGUUCUCCUGGACCUACGAGGAGAUCAAGGAGGUGCACAAGCGCUGGUGGCAGCUCAGAGACAACGCUGUGGAGAUAUUCCUCACCAACGGCAGGACGCUGCUCUUAGCGUUCGACACCACCAAGUUCCGGGACGACGUCUACCACAACAUCCUGACCUCGGACCUCCCCAACCUGCUGGAGCACGGCAACAUCUCUGCGCUCACGCAGCUGUGGGGCUCCGGCCAGAUCACCAACUUCGAGUACCUGACGCACCUGAACAAGCACGCGGGUCGCUCGUUCAACGACCUGAUGCAGUACCCGGUGUUCCCCUUCAUCCUGCGCGACUACACCAGCGAGACRCUGGACCUGCAGGACCAGAACAUCUACAGGAACUUGAUCAAACCGAUUGCGGUCCAGUCCAAAGAAAAGGAGGAUCGCUACGUCGACAACUACAGGUACCUGGAAGACGAGUACAAAAAGGGCAUUCGUGAGGACGACCCCAUGCCUCCCGUCCAGCCGUAUCACUACGGCUCGCACUACUCCAACAGCGGCACCGUCCUGCACUUCCUGGUCCGAAUGCCUCCGUUCACCAAGAUGUUCCUCGCCUACCAGGACCAGAGCUUUGAUAUCCCGGACCGGACUUUUCACUCCAUGAACACCACGUGGCGCCUGUCCUCCUACGAGUCCAUGACAGAUGUGAAGGAGCUCAUCCCAGAGUUCUUCUAUCUGCCAGAGUUCCUGGUCAACAGAGAAGGUUUCGAUUUUGGGGUUCGUCAAAACGGCGAAAGAGUGAAUCACGUGAAUUUACCCCCGUGGGCUCGCAACGACCCCCGUCUGUUUAUCCUGAUCCACCGACAGGCCCUGGAGUCGGACCAGGUCUCCCAGACUCUGUGUCAGUGGAUCGACCUGGUCUUCGGCCUCAAGCAGAAAGGCAAAGCUGCYGUCCAGGCCAUCAAUGUCUUCCACCCGGCUACGUAUUUCGGCAUGGACGUGUCRGCUGUAGAGGACCCAGUCCAGCGACGAGCCCUGGAGACGAUGAUUAAGACUUACGGCCAAACGCCCAGGCAGCUCUUCAACGCCUCCCACAUCAGCAGGGCGGCCCCCAAACUCACGAUGGAGGGGGAGCUGCCGGCAGCCAUGGGCCUUCURGUUCAGCUGGCCUUCAGAGAAACCAGAGAACAGGCGAAGGAAAUCGUCUGCCCGAGCCCGCUGCCCUGGAUCAAAGGCCUGAAGUGGGGCGAGUACGUGGGCUCGCCCUCCGCUCCGGACCCCGUGGUGUGUUUCAGUCAACCGCACGGCGAGCGCUUCGGAUCCCUGCUGGCCCUGCCCACCCGGGCCAUCUGCGGCCUGUCUCGCAACUUCUGCCUGAUGAUGAUUUACAGCAAGGAGCAGGGUGUGCGGAGCAUGCACAGCACCGACAUCCAGUGGUCGGCCAUCUUGAGCUGGGGCUACGCAGACAACAUCUUACGGCUGAAGAGCAAGCAGAGCGAGCCGCCGAUCAACUUCAUCCAGUGCUCACAGCUCCACCAGGUGACCAGCUGCGCCUGGGUGCCCGAUGGCUGCCAGCUAUUUACGGGCAGCAAGUGUGGAGUCAUCACCGCCUACAGCAACCGCUUCACCAUCGCCACGCCGUCAGAGAUGGAGGUGGAGUCUCAGGUUCACCUGUACGGACACACAGGUGAAGUCACCGGCCUGUUCGUCUGCAAACCCUAUAGCAUCCUCAUCAGUGUCAGCGACGACGGCACCUGCAUCCUCUGGGACCUCAACAGACUCUGUUACGUACAAAGCCUCACCGGCCACAAAAGUCCCGUGACGGCCGUCUCUGCCAGCGAGACCACCGGAGACAUCGCCACGGUUUGUGACUCAGAGGCGGGAGGCAGCGACCUUCGCCUGUGGACAGUGAACGGCGACCUGAUUGGACACGUCCACUGCAGAGAGACCAUCUGCUCCGUGGCCUUCUCCAACCAGCCGGAGGGCGUCUCCGUCAACGUCAUCGCCGGCGGUCUGGAGAACGGCGUUGUCAGGUUGUGGAGCACCUGGGAUCUGAAGCCCAUCAGAGAGAUCACCUUCCCAAAGUCCAACAAACCCAUCAUCAGCCUGACGUACUCGUGCGACGGCCACCACCUGUACACGGCCAACAGCGAGGGCACCGUGAUGGCCUGGUGCCGCCGGGACCAGCAGCGCAUGAAGCUGCCCAUGUUCUACUCCUUCCUGAGCAGCUACGCUGCCGGCUGACCCCCCGCCCCCCACCUGCACUGAAUGAUCCCCAGCUGUGGAAGCUCAGACACUCCCAGCAUUAUUCAAAAAGAAAAAGUGUUACAUGUAAAUAAAAAUAUAUUUAUAAACAAUGUGAAGCUGAAUGUUGGAGGAAUGGAUGCCGAGGCUGCAGCAGACACUUUCUACAAAAUGUUUUUCAUAUUCGUCUCAAACUCUUUCGUUCUCUUUGUUCUGCCUUUUUUUUUUUCUCGUUGUUGCUCGAGUUGUUUCGACUGUUGAAGCUGCUAUCCUCUGACCCAAAGACCAGAACCAAAACCCGGGUCUCGUCUGACCACGGGGGUCCCGGCGGGGGAGACGGGAUGAAUUGUGCCGCCUGUUGUUCCGCCCCGCCUCCUGCAUGCGAGGCCGACCCGGACUGGACCUGACAUUUACGGACCUUGUUCGACGCACGUUUUAUCCGCUCGUCUUUUCCUCCUCGGGUCUCCGGUUCUCAAACUCAAAGCACCAGGAAACAGCCGAAGUGACUAAAAACGGGUCAGACCCACCGAGCUCUGUUUUCACCGCUCCCGAUAUUUAAUAGAAGCUCUUAGUUGAUAAUUUACUCUUAUUUUAUUUUUUCCACCUAAUCUGGGUCGAUCAGGUGACGGAGCCAACCAGACGUUUCGUACCCAUCCUCCGUUUAACCGUUACGGGUCAGAUGUUCACCAGAAACACUUCUUAUGAUUCAGUACCUCCAAUAAAUCCAACCCAGAAGCAACACCAGCCCAGAAACGUUGCGUCAAACGCAGCCUGAACAGACACCRUCUUACUUUGUCGAUUUGUCUUUGAGAAAGGGAACAUUUCUUAAAAUAUCAUUCCUGUUUCAUGUGUUUUGUGACUUUUUUUGCACCUUGUUCUUCAUUUCUGCCUGGACUCAGAAAAAUACGUUACUGUUUUUGUUUGCUCGUCUGAACUGUUUCUUUCACUCAUUUUUGUUUUUUUUUAUCCUUGUUGAAAACCGUAAACAUGCCGAGCGAAAAUGUGAUUAUUUAUUGUUCUGUUAUUAACUUGAGCUAUGCAUAAUUUAAAUCAUAGUUUUGUUUGUUUUGACAGAUUGAUAUGAGACUUUUUGGUUGUAAAUAUGUGUCAUACUGACAAACCAGGUGAGAAGUAUAUUAUAAAUGCACACAUAUCUAUAUAAAUAUUUGAAGAAAUGUUA